AUGAGCAGAAGGCCUCUGGACCCGACGGGGACGGCUCUGUACCUCGGACUGGUCCUGACCCAGUGGGUCGGAGAAGGCGGCGGUGUGAGAGUGCUCGGCCGGCCCGGUCAGCCGGUCUCGUUGCCGUGUCCGUACCACUAUGAGGACCACGCUCACGUCUCCCAGCUGUCCGUCCAGUGGCGGAGCCCCGUCAACGAGCUGCUGUGCCACUACAUCAAACACAGGGCCUACCGGAACUGCACGGCGGGGUACGCCGUGGCCUACAGGCCCGGCAGCAUCACGCUCAGCAUCCAGCGUGUGCACGCGCGGGACUUCGGCGCUCACGUUUGUUCCGUGAGCGAACCUCACGAGUUCUCUGAUUACAGCGUGGAGCUGGUCAGGAUGCCAGAGUCGUUCACUUCAGCACCAAAGAGUGGAGGGAAUCAGUCAGGUCUCAGCUGGUUACUCGUCUUCCUCCUCACGCUGUUUGUUUGCUCGUGGAGAUGAAGAGCAGAAACAUCUUCACUGUAUUUAUUCAUUUAAUGUUGAAC